AUGAAGUUCACUACUGUUCUUGCUGCCCUCGCUAUGGGCGUCGCCGCCAUGCCCACCGAGGAGGGCCCUGUCGACAAUGAGCUUGAAGCUACAACGCUUGAAGGCCUGGACCUACUUGAAGUGCAGCAAAAGUACGCAAAGCUUAUCAUCGCUCAAGCCAAGAAAGAAAACGUUGGCCGCCACGGAUGCCAGACCGGUAUUGCAACCGCUCUUACCGAGUCAACUCUCAUCAUGCACGCCAACCCCGUGGUUCCCGAAUCGCUGGGCUACCCACAUGAGCGUCUUGGCUACGAUGGAGACUCCGUCGGCCUCUUCCAGCAGCGUGCCAUUUAUUACACGGACAUCAAGUGCAGCAUGAAUGCCAAGUGCUCUGCUCAUCAGUUCUACGAGAUAAUGAAGAAGAUCCCUGACUGGCAGAACAUCCCCGUUGGUGUUCUGUGCCAGAAGGUCCAGAUCUCUGCUAUCCCUGAGGCGUACAACAAGUUUGUCGAACAGGCUGGCAGCAUCUGCGCCGCUGCUGGUAUGUAA